CAAACAUGGCGGAGAGGUCUUCCGAACGGGAUCAGUCUCAGCCCGAACUAUCGGCUCUGGCCGUUCGCACAGCUCAAGCUUUGUGUGAUUUAUUGGGCAAAAGGUUAGAAGCUCCAACUACAUCUCAAGCGACUGGUCAGAGCAUGCCAGGCUUGGCAGUAGGCAGCAGUCAGAGCACUGUAUGCAGUUCUCCAACCGUGAGGCAGAGCAUGAAAAGGACAUUCCCACACAUCUUCAGCAAGGCUGCUGAUGGUCCAAAGGGGAAAAGGCGAUUCUCUGCUCCUGCCACAUCUCUUGUCAAAACAUGUGUCUUCAAUGUCUAUGUUCUUCCAAGACCCACUGACUUCACACCAAAGAGCUCAGCAGAAGAAUUACAGCUUGCCACUGCUGGCCUUGGAAGACGCAGAGAACUUCUAGCAGAGAACUGGGGACACAGUCAGAUUGAAGCUCAGCUUUGUGAGGUAUUUCCCAAGUUAAACACAUUGAAAGGAGGCUGGAUGUUUUAUAAAUCCACAGGUGGCAGUGGACGUCGUAAGCUGACAUCAGUGUUACAAGGCCCUGAGGGGUACACCUUUGACACACUAAAAGGGGCAUCUUGCAGCGGCAAGAACACUUUAUUUUUAGUUCCGCUACAGGAGCAGCUAUCUGUUCAACCACUUCCCUAUGACUCUCCUGAAUUUGCCAAGAUGCCAAAGGCAAACUGCAUGAAAUGUGGAAUACUAAUGCCUUUUCAGCUGUUAUCGUUACAUGUCGAGGAAUGCAAUGUGGAUGAUUUUGAGGCAUCUCCUGAUGAAGACAGCAUAGUUAAUGAAGAUCCAGUUCUCUGUACUACAGCUGUCCAAGACAUUCAUACCACUGAGAAAGGACAAUCUACUGCCAUGGAAAAAACCUGUGAGGUUUGCCCGAUCUGUCAGGCAUCUUACCCUCAUGAUGACCUUCCGUUUCAUGCCAGCACGUGUGGUGAAGGACAAGACAUUGCAAAUACUAUGAGCAGGGAAGCAGCCAGUAUGACAAGUGUUGAGGAAUUGCCAGGACCCUCAUUUCAGGGAUUGUCAACCCCACCAUCAGCUGCAUGGGAGAAGGAAGAAGACCCCAAGGAAGCAUGUCAAUUGUUCAGACAACAACUACUGCUGCGUUACUCAAAAUGCCCACACCUCUUGCUGUCAAUCAACAUGUUUGAUUCAGAAGAAGACAAGGACCGUUCAUUUAUAGAAUUCUACAAAAGGAAUAAUGUCGAAUGGGCAGCUCCUUUCAAGUGCAUGCUGACAGGAGAUGCAGCAAUUGGUGAAGGGGUCACACGACAUGUCUUGUCAAUGGCCAUGCAGAAAUUGACGACUGGUUUCAGUAUUAAUUUAGGAUCCGCCAGUCUUACACCCCUUUUUGAAGGGGAAAGAGACCAUCUAGUUCCCUCAGCUGCUGGGGUGCUACGGGAAUGCAAGCUGUUUGAGAUGGCAGGUCGGAUUAUUGGACAUAACUUCUUUCAUGGUGGGUCCGGUUUACCAGGACUUAGUAUGGCUGUCGUGACUCUACUGACUGGGGGUGACAUUGACACGGCAGUAGCAGCUCUGACCAUAGAGGAUGUUGCCGAUAUUGAGCAUCGUGAAACUAUUGCUUUGCUCAAGAAACCGGAACUUACAGUGGAAGAAAUCACCCGUGUGAGUGAUCUUUGCCUGUCCUGGUAUCAGCCUACUCCGAAUUCCACCAAUCACGACUUGCUGUUUCAGCUGCUGCUUUCAAAGGCUGUACUUCACAAUGGAAUGCAGCCAAUUAAGCAGAUCCGGAAAGGUCUUAAAGAUACUGGAAUCUGGCCACUUAUUUUAGCCAGACCAGAUGUCCACUGUAUACUGUUCCCCAGGGAGGCAAGUGUGGAACUUAGCUCACAGACCAUGAUAGAGAGCAUUUGCUGGCCACAAUCUAUUUGUGACAGUGAUGAAGAUGACGAGGAGCCUGUUCCAUUGAAGGACAUCAGUACAGUGACUGGGUUCCUAAGGAAAUUCAUUGAGGAAAGUAAUGGUCUCAUACUCAUUGCAUCUCGAUUAGCUUCUUGAUGUUUUUGUCCUAGGAGGGAUAGUGAUGAUGGUAAUGUCAAUGCAAAUUUGAUGAAACUUACACGUUUUUGGUGCAAGUGUAAUACAUGCAGAAGUGUCACAUAGUUCGAUUGUUCUCUUCCACAGCAUCACCGAAGGUUCUGUGCGACCUUAUGAAGUUCUGGGUGGGAUGGGAGCACCAAACGAGGAGCCUAUAUGUAAAGGUAGUGCGCUCAACCUACCCAGUUGCUCACACCUGCCUAUACACGUUGGAGCUUCCGAGUCACUACAGCACCUACAAAAUGUUUAAAGAGGAUAUGAUCAUGGCUCUAAGUUCAAUCAGCUCAGGAUUUGGGAAAGUGUAAUAAAAGUUUACUGUUAUUGCUUGAAGUUCUUUGUCUAGCACUUUAAAAUGUUAACUGCCCUUGUUAAGGCAAUUUUAAAUUGUGCCACCUCAGUGUUUUAAAACGAGCUGUUAUUAUACUGCAAUUGUUGUGAAGACUGUACAACGAAUAGUUAAUUGUAAUAAAGUUUUGUCAAGACUU